UCACCUGUGAUGAGUGGAGUUGGGCCUAGUUCUGGUUCCAAGCUGGAGGCCUGCCUUCCCCUCACCUUUCUGUCAGCCAAAGCCUGAAGCGCCACCCCAGGCACUCCAGCCGGCGCCAGAGGAGAAGGGGGUGGGAGGGUAAGGCCCAGGGCCCAGGUUCCUCUGGCUGCCGACGCCGCUGGCUCGGGAGUGGAUGCGGCCACUUUAAGGCGGGGUGACCCCACGGCAUCCGCGGGCGGGGCGGGGACAGUGCGGGCGUCCGCAGCAGCAGCGGAGGCGAGUGCGAGGGAGGGAGUGCGCCGCGUCCGGCCCCACCAUGCUGACCGCACUCUCCCCGCCAGCCCUGCCGGGGCUCCCAGGGCGGCUGCCUGCUGCCCCUGCGCGGCGCCAGGACUCCUCCGGCUCGUCAGGCUCCUACUACACGGCUCCGGGUUCUCCAGAGCCCCCGGACGUUGGGCCGGACGCGGAGGGCCGGGCGAAUUGGCCCGGAGUGGCCCCUGCGCUGGGGGCGGGCGUGCAGCCUCGCCUGUCCGUCAGCGCCCAGAAUAGCCGCCAGCAGCUCGGGCCCGGCUCGGAUUUCCCGCGAGGCCCGCGCUCGGGCCCGCGGCCGCCCCAGCCCCAGCUGCGCAUGCUGCCGUCGGGGGAGAUGGAAGUCAUCUUCGGCGCCGGGCCCCUGUUCAGCCGCUCCGACACAGCGGAUAGCGAGGUGGAACAGCUCACGGCGCGGGCCUUCGGCAGCCUCUCUCCGCCCGGGGCCGCGUCUCCCACCCCCGCCGCACCUCAGCCCCAGGCCCCCGACGGUGGCUCCCGCUGGGCCACCUACCUGGAGCUGCGGCCGAGUCCUGCCACCCCAGCGCAGUUCGAGUGUGUGGAGGUGGCGCUGGAGGAGCGUGCCGCUCCCGCCAGGCCCCGGACGGUGCCCAAGCGUCAGAUCGAGCUGCGCCCCCGGCCCCGGAGUCCCCCGAGGGAGGCCGACGCGCCGCGCCCCCGACUGCUUCUGCGCACCGGCUCCCUGGACGAGUCUCUGGGCCGCCUGCAGGCCGCCGCGGGCCUCGUGCAGACGGUGCUGGCCAGAAAACUGAGCCCCACCACUACCGCUGCCCCGAACAGCGCCACCUUCAGACCCACGGGACGGCCAGAGCCUGCGACCCAAGAAACGGCCCGCAGUACUCGAGUGGCCCCGGAGGAGGCCAAGUCUCGGCCACCUCGCGUGCAUUAUAGUUCAACCUCCGCCAGGACCCCACGGCCGUGGCCCAGCCUCCGCGAGCGUGCAAUUCGGCGCGACAAGCCGGCGCCCGGGACAGAGCCGCUGGGUCCGGUUAGUUCCAGCAUCUUCCUGCAGUCAGGGGAGAAGACCCAGGAGGCGCACAACCAAGAACCUAAGACUCAGUUCCCGCGAGUGACUCUGGAUCGAACCGUCCUGAGGGCAGAGAGCCCGCCUUUAGAGUCUAGGACCCCCUGGGAGGUUCCAAGUAAGGCUGUGAGGCCGAGGAGCCCGUCCCCGCUGUGGCAGGCUCCAAAUGGGACCGUGCAGGGUCCUCAUUGUCCGUCUCCCCAGAACCUGUCCCCGUGGAAUCGGGCUAUUCGGAGGGCGAAUAGCCCUUCGUUCCCCAAGGCAUCCUCCGCAUGGGAAAAUCAGGAUCCUGCCGUCAAGGAAACUGUCAGCAGAAGGAGCCCUUCUCCUCCGACCCCUUCCCAGUGGACUCAGGAUGUUGACAGGGCAAGAAGCCCAUCCCCCGAAGCUCCUUCCCAGUGGGAGGUUCCGCAUCCGGCAGUCAAGGCUACCGUAGAGGGGAGUAGGAGCCCAUCCCCGCCGGCUUUGUCCUCAUGGGAGGCUCCAGACCGCCCUAUUGGGACGUGGAGCCCGUCGCCCCAAGAGACCUGGGAUCCCACGGUGCAGGGCUCAUCGGUAGUAUCUACGCGGGAAACUGUGAAUGGCUUAGCCCAGGAGGAACUGGCGCCGCCCACGCCUUCCGCACCCGGGACUCUAGAGCUCACGGAGGCGCAGAGUCCGUCCACGCGGGAGAUGCCGGCUAUUGCCAUCCGCGGCAGUCAGCCAUCACCACAGGUGGCUGCACCCGAGCUGCCUCUCAGUUGUCUCAUGGGGACCAUGGAUGCCAAUGCGCGCCGGAAAGCCUUGGGCCCUGGAGACGCGGCCUCGGGACGGCCGCGCGUGGCCAUUCCGCGGCCCCGCGACGUGCGCAAGAUGGUGAAGACCACAUACGCGCCAAGCUUCCCGGCAGGAACCCCAGGCUCAGGGCUGCCUGCGCCUCCUGCGGACCCCCGCGGGGAGGAGGGCAGUGCGUCCAAGACGCAAGAGCUCCGGGAGCUGGGGUCCCCCGCCCCAGCACACUACACUUCCGUUUUGCUCAAGGACUUUCUGCCGGUCGUGUCGCACCCCUAUGAGCCCCCAGAGCUGUCCCCCGACACAGUCUCCCGGGACUCUUCGCAGCCCAACGGAGUUCUGCGGCGGAGAGCAGAGAACAGCACGGCGAAACCCUUCGCGCGCACUGAGAUCCGCCUACCUGGUGCCCUGGCCUUGGGCCGCCGGCCGGAGGGAACCCGGAGAGUCCUGGUCCGCGGUCCUGGUGGAGAGAACCGGGAGGCUGAGGCCCAGCGCCUCGUUCCGGACGGCGAGGGUCGGACCAGCCCUCUGGGCAGCGCUCGCCUCUCACCCCAGCAGUCGCCCAUAGGGCCAGCAGGGGCCCCACCUCCCCGACCACCCCGCCCCAGCUCCCCGCAGGCGCACCCUACCUCGAGCCCUGGGAUAGCACCCAAACUGGAGACAACCCCUUCGGCCCCCGAGCCCGCGACUGCGGUCCAGUCGCCCCUCCCGCGGGAGCCCCAGGCGUCGGCGGGCAGAACGGCCCCGCCCCAGGCCCGCGCUGCCUCCGCGCCUCCGAUGGACAGGUACUCGGAAGGCCCCUCCCAGAGGGCGCGCAGGCUGCCUGGAGCCGCGCGCCCGGGGAAGGUCCUGGUGGACCCCGAGAGCGGCCGCUACUACUUUGUGGAGGCGCCGCGGCAGCCUCGACUGCGGCUGCUCUUUGACCCCGAAAGCGGGCAGUACGUGGAGGUCCUGCUGCCGCCCUCGCCCCAGGGGCCAACCCGCAGAGUCUACACCCCGCUGGCCCUGGGCCCCAAUCUCUACCCGCCCGCCUAUGGGCCUAUCCCUGGCCUCUCACUGCCUCCAUCCCCGGGCCCGCCGUCCUUCAGCGGCCCCCAGCUACCCUGGGCCUCUGAGGCAAGCCCCCUGGAAGGGAUGUACUACCUGCCAGUGAGUGGGACCCCCAGCCCCGCGCCUCCUCUGCUCCUCUGUGCUCCACCCUCCAGCUUCGGUCCUGCUCAGCCCGGCAAGGGCUCCUUGUUCCCUGGGUGAGGCCCCAGGGCCUGACCCCCAUGGUGUUGGGGCCUGUUGACACCCUUGGAGUUUCUGGCAUCCUGUCCCCUGCCCUCCUCUCCUUCUAUCACCUCUUUCUUUUACCCAUCCCAUGCCAUCUUCAGCCCAGAAGUUACCUUCAGACAAUGUAUCUGAGACACCCGGGGCUGAUGGAGCUGGAGCUCAGGAAGUGGCUGCCUACUUCCUCUCCCAACAAAAUUGUGUACCCCUUUCCCAAGCAUUCCCAGAGUGCUGUGUUUGUGUGUGUGUGUAAAAGUGAGGAGUCCCAGGACAUGUCCCCAGGAGCCAACCUGAAGGGAUAUUGGGGUUCUGGAGGGGCAGCAGGAAAUGGGAGCAGCAAGGGACAGGACUGUCCCCAGAGGUAGUGAGCAGUCUGUCCCUCCCUGAAGGUGGGCCCAGCGAUGUGCAGGCUAGUGAGCACUGGUGAGAUGGAAGGAGAAGGACUCUGGCUAUCAAAUCUGUUAUUCUUUGGAAGAAGAUCUGAGCCUUGGCCUGGGAGGCUCUGGGGAAAGUAGCUAGUGUAGCCCCCAGGCCAGGCUGGGUCUGAGAAAGGGAUCUGUGGGGACAGCAGGUGGAGACGGAGCAGGAAAGUAAUAUGUGAGGGGCUAUGGAGGGUGGGCCUGGGAUCUGGAGUGGGGAUAAUGGGAGUUGGGGGUGGGGAGGGGGCUGUAGCCUCGAGCUGGGAGCCCCAUCUGUCAUUCUCUCCUCAACCUCAGCCUCUGACUUGGCUCCUCUAAGCCCUCAGAGCUGAGCUGGCUCCUCCUGAGGCCAGAAGUGAGGGCUUCAGCCAUUCUCACCCAGGGCAGGGGGCAGAUGAAGUGAAUCAUCAGGAAGGAUUCACAAGCAGGGAGGAUGGUUGAGCUGUUGCCUCAGAGGAGCCUCUUGACCCCUCUGCGUGGGGUGAGGGUGGGUUAGGGCUGGCAGUAGAAGGGAUGCCCUUUGUAGGGCAGGCCAGAGAGACCUGGAGCCUUUAGCUGCUUCUACUCCCCCAGUAACAGAUGUGGCAACCGUGCCCAGAGAGGGGCUCUCUCUUCAGGUUGGUCUCAGCAUACAAAGGGACGGGACCCAGAGCCUGUGUUCCAAUUGCCUGGAGAUUCUAGGAGCCGCUGAGGAGAGCAGAGGGAGAUGCGUGGGGUGGGAGGUGCUCUGUGUGGGGGUCUGUGUGUAGUCCUGAGCUUGAAGCGGCUGGGACUUGCUGGACUGGUAUGUGAUGGGAUGAGUUUGGGGGAGAACAGUUCCCAUUAGAAGCAGUGUUAGGGAUGGAGAUCGAUGCCUUCCUUAAGUUCCAGGCCUCUGAAGGGCCUGGGUCCCUUGGAGUCCCUGCCCCCUUGCCUUGACUGGAAGUUGACUGGGAGAACUGUGAGUCAGAAUAACCCAGAUGUCUUGUUGUGGCCGGAGAUGCUGGUUCUGAUGGCUUGGAGGGCCCCGGGCCACUCCUGGGCCCCUUACCUCAUCCUGGUGUUCAAUAAAUCACUGACCCAAUGAGCCAUGAUGGCUGGAA